GGAGGAGGAAGAGGAAAGGACUGAAGUAACCUUGAAGGAGAGACGAGGAGGAGGGAGAAGAAGCGAAGAAGGAUUCAGUUGGCUGGCAGAUUCCGUUCCUGCAGGAGGGAAGGAGAGAGAGGAUGGAAGCAGGGCGCGUGUUACUCCUGCUAGUGGCAGGGCUGGUGGGAUCUACUACUGCUGCUCCUGUCCCCCUACCAGCAGUUUUCGGGACUACCAAUGAACUCGUGAAGACCAACUUUAUCCCCUUGAGAGACACCCUGCUUCGCCUCGACUCCCUGCUCAGGCGACCCAACGACUACAAUGAGGUGAUAGAGGAGUCCGGGGAGGAGGACGACCAGCUCUCCAGGGUUCUUUAUGAGAUUCAAAACAGCCCUCCAGAUAGCAACACUAGACAAAUAACUGACAUCUUGACCAGUUUGGCAAGCGAGGACUCAAUCUUGAAACGCCUUCCUCGUGAAGCCAAACGGGGAAGAGGACGAAGCAGAGAGCGGCGACCUAAGAGCAAGGAGAGGAGAUGCAAACCCAGGGGAUCCAGGAGCAGAGAGAGGAGCAGGAGACCAAGCAGGGAGAGGAGACCAAGACCAAGCAGGGAAAGAUGUGAGGACGAAACGACCACCACGUCUCCCUCCACCUGCCACGACCACGACUACUCCAACGACCUGCUACUACACCUACUAGCACCACCACCACCACCUCCGCCACAUCCACCGACUCCAUCGACUACUACUACUACUACUCCAACCACUUACUACUACCCCCACGACUACUACUACUCCAACUACCACUACGACGACCACUCCAUCUACCACCACCGCCUCCUCCACGACUACGACCACCACUCCUGCCUCCUCCUCCUCUUCCACUACCACUACCACCACCACCACUACCCCUACCCACAACUACUUCUACCACUACCACCACCCCAACUACAACUUCAAGCACGACAACUACGGCUUCUGGUUAGACUAUAAAGCUGUGGUGAUACUGCUACUACUACUUACCACUACUACUACUACUACUACUACUACAAACGGACAUGUAGCUACACUAAUUUACUGAUAAGAAGAAAGAAGAAGAAGAGAAGAAGAAGAAGAAGAAGAAGAAGAAGAAGAAGAAGAAGGAAGAAGAAGAAGAAGGAGAAGAAGAAGAAGAAGAAGAAGAAGAAAAAGAAGAAGAAGAAGAAGAAGAAGAAGAAAGAACUGACUUCCAGCUGGUAACGGGUCUUGAACAUCAAUAUACAAAAAAAAAGUCGAGAGAGAGAGAGAGAGAGAGAGAGAGAGAGGAGAGAGAGAGAGAGAGAGAGAGAGAGAGAGGAGAGAGAGAGGAGAGUACACCAGUUCCUUUUUUUAUAUAACGCACCAACAAACUAACGAUGAUGAUUAACUAGAAGUGUAUGUGUGUGUGUGUAUGUGUGUGUGUAUGUGUGUGUGUGUGUGUGUGUGUGUGUGUGUGUGUGUGUGUGUGUGUGUGUGUGUGGAGGUGACUAGUGAACACGUAACAGGAGACAAUGUAACACCAAAAGAUAAUCCCACACUCGACCAACUAAAAUCCCACACAACUCCUUACAAAUUCAGUAACCUGACUCAACCUGACUCAGCUUAUCUGUGUCUGAGAGUGUGUUUGUGUCUACAUGUUUACGACUAGGCGCUGUCAGCUUCUAUUCAGAUUUAUUUUAUUUAUUUAUUUUUUUCUAUUACCUCUUCCCUUGAGUGUGAAGGUCAGGCAAGUCAAGUAUUCAAAGUUAAGAUGCAUAUUGUGUUAGAUCACUGAAAUAUAAUAUGUAUGUUUUGGACUGGGUAUCGAUCUAUCUAUCGUGUAGUCGUAACAUUAUAUCUAUCAUCUGUCUAUCUAUCUAUAUAUCUAUCUAUCUAUUUUGUCUAUCUGUCUGUCUCUCUGUCUGUCUGUCUGUCUGUCUGUUUAUCUACCUAUAAAAUUCAUCCCAAUGCAUUGAUGGACUCAAGGUAUAUGCUGUAGAUAAACACUGGGUAGUUUAUAUACUAAUAGAGUGAUUAUGCUUAUGAAUGAGAGAGGUAUACUUAAAAAUCUAUUAAGAGGAACGGUGACUAUACUAAUAGAGAGCAUAAAACAAAAAGGAGCAGGAUUCUAACCCAUGACAAUGUAUCAUUAAACAAGGACCUAACCAAGGAACCAGUGAGGAGAAACAUUUGUUAUUAAUAGAAUAAAUACAAUGAACCAAGUAAA